AUGACCAGGAGGAUUGUGUUGGUGGGGAAGACCGGGGCUGGGAAAAGCUCUUCAGGAAACACCAUCCUGGGAAGGAAAACCUUUAGAGAGGCAAAGUCUAGCAAGUCUGUGACACAAGAGUGCUGCAAAGAAACUGCUGUGGUGGCAGGUAUACAGGUGGUCAUAGUGGACACACCUGGAUUAUUUGACAGAAAACGUCCCGACAGAGAGUUGGAGACUGAAAUCGGUCAAUGUAUCAACUUGACUUCACCUGGUCCACAUGCGAUUGUAUUGGUCAUGGAUGUGGGACCUUUCACACCAGAAGAAGAGAACACUGUAAAGAAAAUCAGGGCGCUAUUUGGAGAUGAAGCGGAGAAGUAUACCAUGAUUCUCUUCACCCAUGGGGAUGAGUUGGAUCCGGGUGGAAUUGAGCAGUACAUCAGUGAAAGUUCGGAUGAGUUCAAGAAAUUCAUGGAGCAGUUUGGUGGAAGGUACCAUGUUUUUGACAACAACAAGAUGGAUGACAGAGACCAAGUUCUGAAAUUCAUGGAGAAAAUGGAUGAUAUGGUUGAAAAGAAUGACCGAGGCUUCUACACCAAUGAAAUGUACAAGGAGGUGGAGAGAAGGAUUUGUAAGAAAGAGGAAGAGUUGAUAAACAAGUAUGAAGUAGAGCUACAGAGGUUAGUUGACGAAGAGAAGAAACCGCCUCUUGAAUACCAAGAGAAAAGUAAGGAGAUACAGAAAGAAAUUGAAGCAUUGAGAGAGUCACUGCAAGAAAAAGAUGAGAAACUGGAACAAAAACUUUAUUAUAAGAUGAAGUUGAGGGCUGCAAGACAGGAAGCAGAACAAAUACAAAAUUACACAGAUAUGUCAUCAGCGGUUUGUAGAAGGCUACAAGGCCUCCAGCUUACAGAAUGAAGUCCAGAAUGAAAAGCAUAGAGGGGGCAUUUGAGAGGUUGUGUUAAAGAUUAAGGCUCAAAAUCUUCUGUUUUAAAGGUGUUGUACAUAGGAAUGUGCCCUAUGUAAAUAAAUGUAUUGUAAAAUUGGUAAGAACAAUAGUAUACCUACUAAAACCAACGGCAAAAACAACUUUCACUAAGA